AAUACAACCAGGACACAAUUUGAUAAAAUGAAGGCAAUGAUAUACGUCGGUUUUGCUUAAACUAAAUUGUUUCGAAGGAUCGUACCAGAAAAUGGGGUGUAAUAAUCAAUAUUUAAUACUCAACAUAAGCAGACGCUUGUUACAGCUUUCCCAUUGACAACAUUCAACGCUGAUGAGCCCGUCGCCAUAUCAACUGUCCCAUUGUCGGUUACUAAUCACGAAUUGUUCGAGAUGUUGAAAGCUCUAUGCGGGUUGGGCAUAUGUGUGCUCCUGUCAAUAGUAAAGGCAGAUCUGAACUCCACCAUAGAUACAGCACUGAUUAAUGAUAAAAGAAUCAUCCAACUAGAUCUACAGGAAGCAAACUCCAGCUAUGGAAGCUUUGACCAAACUCCAUGGUUUAAACCUAUGAGGUGGUUUCUGGUUCGAGGCGAUAGGUCAAAUCGUCUGCUUCUGUUGAUAUAUUAUUACUAUAACUUCUUUGAAUCGUUUGUUCCAUUGACAAAAAACAACAACAUAACUCUCGGAGAUAACAGUGUAAAGACGCAUAAUGAAACUAAACAAUAUUUAUUAAAUGUCGUAGCUGGGACGGCUUUUAAUGAAGUGUGUUCUAUGUUUAUUAAAGAUGAACUAGGUUUUGGAAUAUUAGUUUAUCAUUGUUGUAAAUUGAAUGAAAAUUGUGUUGAUAUAGUGGAAGAUGCUUCAGUUUGGAUCUUGCGAAUCUUCUUCUUCCUGGUAACAAUAUUCCUCUUUCUCUAUUUUCCUAAAUUUCUUCCUCAGAAAUAUACGCGCCCCGUAUUCCAAUUUAACCCAACUCCACCAAUUACUCUGAGAAUUGUUAAAACGAAUACCCCCGAUAAAUAUGAUAUAAAAGGCACCCGUGUCCCAUCUAUUAUUUUUGAUCAGAUGAAGGAGCUAACAAAAAGUAUGAGGAGUGCAGCAAUAGUGAGGGAUACUGUUUAUAAAGUCAAGAUAAAAGUUGUGGAUCUAUUAAUUCAUCGAGUAGAUAUUUUAUCAGAAAGUGACCAGGCUGUUAGUCUGACCAAACUAUUAUAUGAUAUGAUUAUUCGGUGUAAAAUCCGCAGAGCUAAACCUAUCAAGAAAUGUCUGGAUACUCCAAUUUGUAGCUGUUUGUCGAGAUCAGGUAAACCAAUUCCUCUCCUUUCCUGUUUGAACAUACUUAAAACUAUAGUUAUCUAUACUGUACUCGCUCUUCCUGCCAUUCCAUUCUUCUACUUGAUGUCAGCGGACGGCCUGGAAUAUCAAGACUUAGGACAACAAAUAAAAUCCCGUGGUCUACGUCAGACGUCCAGUUUUUAUAUAGGAAUGUGGGCGGGUAAAGUAAUAACGGCCAUAUUAUGCUUGCUGUAUACAUUGUAUGUAUUUAUAGUUUUAAUGUCCAACAGUAUUCACGAAGAAAUGGCAGACCUCAUGACGGACUCCAUUAAUGAAUCGCAUAAAAAACGUACACCACUCUCCAAAAGAGUUUUGGAACUUUUGACGAAACCAUUUACCAAGUGUGGUACAUUUUUCGUUCCCUUCUUUAUAAUAGGGCUCCUCCUCAGCCCCUUGAUUCUCCUAUUUUUCGCCAUUAUUGCGUCGCCUGUUAUGCAGCUGUUGAUUCGCCAAUGUAAGAAACUAUGCUGUGCUGGAGGGUUUAGAUUUUAUUCCAAUCCAAUUACUUGUGGACCAAAAGUAUCCUUCUUUUUGUGUCUGACUUUAUUGUCAGUGUUUGUGAUUUUAACAAUAGGAUUUAACUUUCUACUACAUGCUGUGUGUAUCGGUAUCAUCAAUAUCUUUAUUAACUUAAGUACUGCAAUGAGCAUCAUAUCUUUGUGUAUACUGAUAGGAAUUUAUGUCCGGGAUACUUCCAGCCGUCUGACUGGAAAGUAUGAUGCUUAUCAGAAGUCUCUAUUGCUGGCUGUCCUUGCUGUUAAACAAGAGUCACUGUUAGCCGAGUCAAAAAAAAGAUACAAGGAUCAAUCCAAUAUGGCAUUUCAGCACACAGCUGCUGAUUUUGUUGACGAAAAUUCGAUAGAGAACGGACACGUUGACGAAAGUCCUUCAACGAUAUGGGAUGUAAAAAAUGGUUAUCUACGCAUGUGCACAAACGGAAUUGUAUUAUUUUUAGAUAGGAGGGAUAUCCCGUAUAUACCGCACGCGUUCUUUCAUGAAAUGACGGAAGUUAUUUGCCCCGGAUGUCCCGGAACAUUAAAAUCUUCCAUAAUGGGUGCUUUAAAGGAUUUAGGAAGAAUUGUGCUUUUUUUAUUAUUUUUAUUCAUUCUACUAUUGGCAUAUGGAGAUACAUUAUACGUAUCACCCACUAGUAAAUUAUUUGCAACCAUAGCAACUGGCCUUGUUCCACUUCUUCUUCGUUCUUUCUUUUUCUCAAAAGCGCCAAUACCUGCAUUGGAUACUUCUAACGUCAGGUUUCAGAAUAUCUUCCGAGAAAAAGUUCUGAAAUUUAUGAUGAAAUGGCCAGUUGUUGACGCAGAAAUAGAAUUCACGAAAGAUUCUAACGUAAAUUUACCACGGACGGAAGUUGAUUUAGUAUUUGAUGAUGACAUCACUCAUGACGACAUAGACUGUGGGGAAUCAAACGACGGAUUUGUUCCCGAUGAAGACGAAGAACUAGAAGACGAAGAAGGAGAAGUAGAAGAAGGGGAAGGAGCAAAAGAAGAAGGGGAAAUCAUUGAAGAAACGGAUAAAGAAAUACCAACAAACACGAAAGAACAAACAUUAGGAGAAACAGAAACAGGAUUCUGAUGUGGGAAAUUACUGUAACAUAAAAGGACGUCUUAAAUAAUAUCGUUCUCCUUCUGUUAGCAUCCGUUUUUUCUCUUGAAUUGCUAACAUUCCACAAUACAAUUAACAUCACUCGGAUCCUGGCUGGGUAGUGGUGUUUUUGGAACUGAUGACAUGGUUAUACGCGAGAGGGAGUAAGUUUCUGUCAUAUCUUUGAGUCUCUUCCACUAAAGAUUGCGUCAGAAUACACCAAAGUUUAGUCGUGAAAUACGCUUCCACAUCUGAGGACGGGCCAAACAGAAGAAAAGCAGUUUUCCAUUUAUUGUUAAAUAGAUUGUACCAGAAAUUGUGCAGAAGAUCACCUGAGAAAGAUACAUAAUAACAAUAAUUAGCAUACAUGAAAGGUGUGUGUGCGCGCGCGUCAUCCCUCUCACGUUAGAAUCCAAUAGACGGUAGUAUAAUUUUGCUAAACCACGAUCGUUCGUCUUGACUUCUUCUGUCUAUUUAUUCUCGAUUUUAGAAGAUUUUAUUUAAAAGCUUUAUGUAUAUGAUCCUAUGUCUACCUUUGUGCCAAUCACCUAGUUGGGAUGGAAUGGAUGCCUGAAUGGGUUAACGUGUUCGCGUUAAAUCACAAGCUCUGUCAUUGAGUCAAGUGGCAAAGAAUAGGGUCGCCUGUCCAACCCGGGUCCCCCGGUUUCCAGCCAAUGAUACCGUACGCACAAGUGAAUCAUUGAAAUAAACUUGAACCAUUUGAUGGUCUCGAAAUAACCUAGGCGUUGUCGUGUGGACGUUAAACCACAUUUCUCUCUCUCUCUCUGUUAAUCACCUUUGAUGUUUCUAAAGAGCAAACUAUUGGCCUAUAUAUAUUAAAGUAACGACCUAGAACACGCAUACAAAAUAUUUGUUUGUGGUAUAAUUUAGUUUAACAUUAAUAUACAAAAUGCUUUUUGUUAAUUAUUAUAUUCAAAUGGCUCUCAAUUAUUGUAUAUCUAUGUAUUUGAUAUAUUCAUUUUAAACCUGCUUUUAGGCAUCGAUUUUUAUAUAACCACAGUUCAUCUGGAUGUUUUAUGUCGUCCCUUCGUAUGUUUUGUACAUUUUUGUCCGAUUUUGAUGAAGUCAAUUUGGCACUACUGAACCUAGAUUACCUGGUUUAUUUCCCCUGGUUGUACGAAAAUAACCCACACAACUUGUGGACCCUACACCUUGUCAAACCUGCAAAGGCUAAUAUCUUGGCUCAGAAUAAAGUAAUUUGAAUGAAAUUUUCAACAUAUUCAUUAUGAACUAUUACAUAAUGUAUCUUUAAGGAUCAAAAAUCCUUAGAUGAAUUUGAUAUUGGUGCGCGUCUUGUCUUAUGGCCACUGACUUUUACCUCCAAAACGGGUAACCAAGUUUGUGGGGAUGUCUCAGCGAUGAUUAGUGAACAUACGAUCAUGAAACCCCAUCGAUCUUCAUCGCUCUACGUUGGUCCGUCUGUCAGGUGUGAAACACUGACAUCAUGGGAGGACGAGCCCAAUUGAUAUUAAACAUUUAAUGGUCCCUAUCCAUUUCCCGGCCUAUCUCUUGAAAAUGUUGGCUUAUCUUGCAUGACAACCAGUUGUAUAAUAAUU